AUGCCAUCAAGCAGUAUUCCUCCCUCUUUCCCUAAAGAGUUCUUAUCGAAGGGAGAAAAUGCAAAGUUCAAAAAGCUAUUUGAUAAAUUUAGUACCCUAUCUAUAAAUAUUCCUCUAGUUGAGGAUUUGCAAGAUAUGCCGGGGUAUGCUAAAUAUUUGAAGGAUUUGACAUCUAAGAAGCGGAUUUUGGAAGACAAAAAAAUAGAAAUAAUGCAUAAUUGUAGUGACAUCAUAUCAAGAACAUUGGCAAAAAAGAAGAACGACCUCGGUAUUUUUAUAAUUUCAUGCACCAUCGAAUAUUUCAAGUUCGUGAAAGCAUUAUUUGACAUUGUAUCAAGCAUAAACCUAAUGCCAUAUGACAGAUUCUACAAGCUCAAAUUGGUAAAGCCGCAACCUACCAUGAUGAAAUUUCUAAUUGCUGACCAUUCCAUCAAGAAACCAAUCGAAGAUCUUUAUGAUGUUCUAGUCAAAGUUGAUCAGUUAAUCUUCCCAGCCUAUAUCAUGAUCUUGGAUUGUGCAAUGGAUAUAAAAGAUCCUAUAAUUCUCGAGAGGCCAUUCUUAGCUAUCGAGAAGGCUUUGGUAGAUGUAGAAUCCGAUGAGAUAAAGUUUUGGUUGAAUAAUGAAGAUGUUUCUUUCAACAUAUUUAAAUCCAUGAAGUAA